AUCGCACGCCGUCGACAUCCACCCUCUAGUUUUUUAUUUCUAUUUACUUUCACUUCAUUCGCAAAAAAACUGUUUUUAUUCGUAACCCAAAUAGCACCGUCCUCCUCAUGAAUUCACCAGAGCCAUCAGCGGAAAAGCGACCAAAACUGGACACCCAAGUGGAACCAACGUCCAUCCGGUGUCAGCAUUUUGUGCAGCGCAAAAAGCGCUACUGUAAAAUGACCGUCGGCCGAGGAAAGCAGUUCUGCGGGGAGCACGAGCCCCAACAAUCGCCGGACAUCAUCACAAAUAGCAACAGUACCCACCGAAUUUCGUGCCCUCUGGAUCCCAAGCACUCCAUUUCGGCCGCCAAGUUGGACAAACAUUUGCGCAUUUGUAAUGCCCGUCCCGUGGAAAGGCCAAACUUCAUACAGCCCGGGGUGAACACGGGCUCCGAUGGGGGAAACGCGAGCGCCACGGAACAACUUUCGAGUAGCCGUAAACUGGCGGAUGUUACACAGGAAGAACUGGACGGUCUGAUAGCAAAAAUAGAAGCGGUUUACGAAGCCGAUAACCGCAUUACUGCGCUGGAAGAAACUAUUUUGGAGCACCCUGUGCUCAAGGAGGAGCUUUCGAAGGAAACCUACGGGCCGCAAACGUUAAAGCACCUGAUUCAGUCGGCUUCGCUGCUGGGCAUAAUCGAACGUGAAAACUUCCUGCGUGGGAAUACUGCUUUUGUCGAGUUCGGAGCCGGCAAAGGACAAGUUGCUUUCUGGUUGGCAACGGUUAUUCAACAAUCGACAGAACAGAACUUGACAAACAGCCGGGUACUGCUCGUUGAUCGAGCUUCCCACCGUCACAAGCAGGACAAUCGAAUUGAGGAUCGGGAGAUAGUCCAACGAAUUCGAGCCGAUAUUGGGGAUUUGAUUCUAAGGAAGUUGGAUAUUUUGCGCGGGUCUGACAGCGUAGUUGGUAUCGGCAAGCAUCUCUGCGGAGGGGCUACAGAUCUUGCUCUGCGUUGCUUGGUCAAGGCAAAUCGGGAUGCGAACGAUGAUGGAAAGGACUGGCAAGUGAAGGGAUUCGUUUUUGCUUUGUGUUGCCACCAUCGGUGCGACUGGGGGAGUUAUACUGGAAAGAGUUUCCUUCUUAAUAAAGGAAUCGACCGCAAUGACUUUUGUCUUAUAGCACGAAUGGUCAGUUGGGCGGUGUGUGGUACCGGAACUAGCCGAGAGAGGCGAAAGAUAGAACUUGACAACGGCGUCAAAUAUGGAUUGACUCGGGCCCAGAGGGAAGAGAUUGGUAGGAAAUGCAAACGCGUGCUAGAUUUGGGUCGAAUAGAAUACCUAAAAGCAAACGGUUUCGAUUCCCAGCUGAAAAAGUACGCCAAGAGUGAAAUUACGCUGGAAAAUGUUUGUCUAAUAGGACAUGUCAAAUAAAAUUUUCUCACAACAAGAAAGACCCCU